AGGUCCCACAAACACCGGUAGUUACCCUGCAGUGUGAGAGAUCAGCGAUGGGACUGAAGACAGAGAGGGAGGGAGGGAGGGAGAGACGAGUGAUGCUGCUGCUGCUGCAGAGAAACAUUUAGCCUGACUAAGAAGUUAAACAGCACACAGCGACACGUCUGACUCACCCAGGCUGUAAUCCUGGUGUUAAAGCCAUGGUAAGUUCACUUCUGUGCUCCAUUAUUCUGACUCUGCUCUGCAUCUCCCUGUGCUGCAUGGCGACUACAGGGAAGCUCAUUGGACUCACCUUGAGAGAGAUGAUGCAGCAGGGCUGUUUGUAGUUCAUAAUGUGCAUGUAAAGUGGCUGCUUUAGUAAAUCUGCUUCACUGAGGCCUGUGUAGAUGUUCUGUGCUGCAGCAGUCAUGCUACUGUGUAUCAUAAGAGAUGCAUGCUCCCUGCUGACACUGAUAAUGCAGCCCUCUAGGACGGCACACAGCUUAUGAAGCAUAUGUGAAUCUCUCCAUUUUGGUGUAUUGUUGAUACUAGAAGCUAAGGAUCUAACCUACAUUUAUGUGCAUGUGUUUACAUUUAACCACUUCCUUUGCAAUUGGAUUACAUAAGCAGCACCAGGGAUGUCACAUGCUAGCUGAAAAUACACACAAAUGUGCAACUGCAGUGCUCUAAACAACCUUUCAUCAUUUAAGAAGAACUUGUAGGGAUAAUGAGUACUUGACCACAAAUGAAAACCAAAUUUCCCCCCUAGGAUAACUUAAGUAUCCUGAUUAUGAAAUAACAUCCAGGAGGAGCAAGCAUGCAGAUUCCUCUUUAGGGGAUUGUUUACAUACUCGGAUUAAAGGUUCCAUAUGUUUUGCAGUCUUUUCCUACUUCAGUUUACAUCUGAUAUGUAAGAGAAAACACAGCAGACAUCAUUUUGUUUUUCCUCAGGAAUCUGAUCUAUUUUAUUAUUUGUGUCUGCAUGUAUUCUUUUGUUUACUCUAGGCCUACUGAGCAACUUUUGCCCUCAAAAACUCUCCAAAUUCGUCCUUCCCUUCAGCUCAUUCUUGGCGGUUCAGAUAAAAAACAUGCAAAACAAGCUUAAAGUCUUUCCUAUCCUGUGAGGACUAUCUCUUCUUUUCACAUUGUGACUUUGAGCUCCAGAGGAGUGGAGAGUUGUUACAGUUUACAGACUCUGAAACCAAACACAGCCAUGGCAGCUAACCUUAUUUACUUGUUACUUGUUUUGAGCAAGUUAAAGCAAUCGAUUAUCUACUGUAUGUUGUCCUGCUCACUGGGCAGCUAAACUAUCCAUAAUAUUAACACCUACACUGUGAACUCUGGUGGGGUUUCAGCAUGACUUAAAGCAAAAUACAAAGGUAGAGGUGGACUAUGCCUAAUAUGCACAACACAUAUAACAUAUGUAGCAUUUUUGCAGACUUUAAAAGUUAAAAUGUUCAAUCCAAAGUCCAAUUUUGAAGUUAUAAGUCUUUGGAUGUUUUUCUUGGCUUGACUCCAGACAAGGAGGAGGUCAAGGAGGUGUUGUAUUUUUAGCUCUUACCUGUGCCCCGAAAGGGCAAAUGUCUGGUCCUUCCAUUUUCACUAAGUUGCGAUAACCUUAAUUUUCUCUCGUAUUUCUUCUGCAGUUUUCAAAGCGGCUGCGGCCCCUGGCCUCGGUGCAGACAUUCUUUGUGGUUUGUAUUCUGACUUUUGCCCUCUCGGUGACUUCCCUGCCAGCAGAUUUAGAGAAAGGAAGGAGAAAGGUAGUGCAUGUGCUCGGUAAGAACAUUUUCUUCUUUCCUGUUUCCUACAGCUCAAAGCAGCACAGACUGUAGCACUUCAUUCUGAAGUGAUCUGCAUAGCUGUGACAGCAUGUUCUAGGAGAUUUUUUUAAGCAGGGUUAUGGAGAUGACACCUUUGAAACCAAAGAGAUGGCAUUAAAUCUCAUCCUGGGCUUGUGGAGCCAGGACAGACAGAAGGAAGGAAUCACACACUCAGUCUUUUUAAGUGUUUUCCAAAGUCGUACGAAAACUCUUACCCAGAGUUUUGAAACUGGAUGGAAGAAUAUGCAUGUAAACUGCAACUGAAACAAGCACGUAGCUAAAAUAUGAUUAAAAUGUACAAUUUUAAGAAAGGCACAGUCCUCAUAUUUAAUUGUCUUCUGAAAUAAUCAGUGGGUAUCAGUGCUUAAUCAAUUUUCAUUUGGAGUCUUUUUAGAUCUUAAAGGUCCUUACACACCGGGACCGACGCAAAUAUCCGACACGAAUUUUGACUCGCCUGACUAUACACAUCAAGCCCGAUGCGAUUUUGCAACGUUCUGGGGGGAAGAAAGACGCAUCCCGGGUGGAAGCGAGAAGACUGACACAACAGCAGGCUGACUGUUUUUUAGUUCUGAUUAGAAACUAGUGUUGAGAUGUCUGUCUGUCAUGAUAGCAUGUACUGAGUCGGGGCCAGUACCAGAUUAAAGCACAUUAAACUAUAAUCCAUAAACAUAAGGUAACAACCGAGACCUAAUGGUGCUGUGACAGCAACGCCAUUGAGUUUGAGACAGUGAAAAUACAUAUGGUAUGUUGUAUCUGAACAGGUUAGCUUAUGAGCUAAAGUUACUUAGCAUAGAUGGGGCGGCAGUAGCUCAGGAGGUAGAGCGGUCGUCCAAUGACCGGAAGGUUGGCGGUUUGAUUCCCCCCUAAUCCAAGUCUGUCCGUUGUGUCCUUGGGCAAGACACUUAAUCCACCUUGCUCCCAGUGUGUGUCCUCCAGUGUGUGAGUGUUGUGUGGUGGUGGUCGGAGAGGCCGUAGGCGCAGAAUGGCAGCCAUGUUUCCACCACCACCAAAGUGUGACUGUGUGAGCGAAUGAAUGAUGUAUCCAAUGUAAAGCGCUUUGAGGGUCUCUGAUAAAGCGCUAUAUGAAAUCUGAUGCAUUAUUUAUUAUUAUCGAUGAAAGUUAAAACAAAGAUGUUUAGCAAACUGUUAAAGCACAUAAACUAUCCUUCAGGCUGUUAUCUUUGUAAUGUUUGUGUCUUAUAUCAAAAAGCACUCUGUUCUCCGACACGUAAACAAUCAGCCGGUCGGCCAUGUUGGAUAUCCUGGUGAAUCAGACGUUGCAACAACACGCAAUCUGAUUGGUCAGAAGUGGACACACAGUAUGUGAAACUUUAGAAAAAUUGUGAUCCGGAAAAAUAAAUGCCGCAAUAUCGCAGGACGGGAAAACGUCGCUGAUGUGAACGCUUGUAUUGACAGGAUACAGGUUCAAAAAAAAAUAUUGACAUCCGAAAUAAUCGCACGAUAAUAACGGUCCCGGUGUGAAAGGUCCUUAACGCCAGGGUGAAAUUUUGAGAUCUUUUCAGCCUUAUCUUUUAAACUGUCCUAACCCUGUUUGUCUGCCGUCUAUCUGAUGUAGGGCAGAGUGAGUACACUCUUCUUUUCAAUAAUUAAUCGUUGCCUGCUACUUUUAAUCUGCCAGUUUACCAUGAAACAGUCUCCUUCACACAGGUACUCUAACUAUUAGGACCAACAGGGAUCAUAUUUACAAAGAGAACUGUUAACUCCAUCCUCUUUGUCAGGGAAAGCUUUCAUCUGAUAUCUCAUUGAUGAAAUGAUUUCUUAUUUAACAUCAGCCAUUUGCAUCUAUGCUGGGCAAUAAUGUGCUUAAUCUCUUGAUAAAACACCUCUUGUUUUCAUGUCUGCUGUUCAUAGCGUAUAACUUUACAGAGAACAGAAAACAGAGAUGAGACUAAUAGCUGGCUGGCAUGGAGAAUUGUUAGUGCAUUUAUCUGGUCGUGGUCAGGCAUUUUUUUGUGAAAACGCAAAAUAAAUGACUUAAAAUGAAAACCUCAUUUGUGUAUGCAGCAUUUGUUUGCCCAUGUGCACUCACAUGCACACAUGCAACAGCUAUCUGCCAAAGAUUCCUGGUGUUGCUGCCCAUUUGGAAGAAGAAGCCUGUGGUUAGCAUUAGACUCAGAGCGUUUCAGUGAACAGCCCUCUGCAGAGACUGAGGCUACAAUCUAGAUGGGUAAUGACGGGUUGCGGCUGAAGACAGAGUAAACUACAAAUUUUCUCAACUCUCUGACCAUAAAAAGAUUUAUUUCAUUGAUUUGUUGGUCGGCUGUUUGAGCCCAAAUGCGACAGCUUAAGAAAACAACAGACUCUUUAUUUAAUAGUAUCAAGUGUUUUGUCUGAGUGGUAUCUGGCAGCACUAGGAGUAUUUGCAAAAACAUCACCAGGAUUUCAGGCAUGUGUUUGGUUUGCACUGAAGGAUUCUUAAUGCAUUAGUCUGUUUUUAUAAAGUAUUGUGUAUACUAAAUUCAAGAAAUAUUCCAUUUCAAAUCACAGAUUUAAAACAGAGGAAUAAUGUCACUUUAGUGCACAGUCAUUCAGAGCCACAGCAGCGACUGAGCCUGUAAAACAGACUAGUAAUCCUUAUUUGGAGGGCACACUUUCUAAUCAUGUAUACUGUAUAUCAUUCACUCAUCAGACAUGUAUUAAUACACAAUGUUUUAAUGUAACUAUUGAAAAAAAAGAUCAACCUCAUAUAAAUUAAUCAAUCUGUUGCAUAUUUACAUUUUUUAUUGAGUUUGUCUGCAUCCUUUGCCUCCUCACCAUUACAGUCUUGUCUCAUAUAGGUUUAUCUAUAUUACUCUCAUGUUUAAUGUACUCCUGCACAUAUUAGUUCAAUAUCUAAUGUUUAAUGCUGGUACAGAGGGAGCAUUUUGAUAACUUGGCCUUUUCUCAACAGAGGAUGACAGUGGAGCGGUCAUUGUGCAGACAGCUCCCGGCAAAGUGGUGACACACCGUGGAGGCUCCAUCACUCUGCCCUGCAGAUUCCACCACGAGCCCGAGAACACAGAUCCUUCUCGCAUCCGCAUCAAAUGGACCAAAGUGACAGAUGCUCUGCAGUUUGAGGAUGUGUUUGUGGCACUUGGGAGGUAGAACCCCUGUCUGCCUUUCUAAAUCAAUUCCUGAUCAUUGUCUUCAUCACAUCAUCAAUCUCUGUUACAGGGCCCAGUCCAACAAAUGUCCACUUGACUGAUUGAAAUCAUUUUUUCAUCUGUGUGCUCUAAGUUUGGCUCAGGACAUGUUCACAAUAUGGUCUUUCUUUUCAGGCAGCAGCGUGUGUUUGGAUCAUACAAAGGCCGUGUGUUUUUGGAGCAGGCAGGACCAGGAGAUGCUUCGGUAAUCAUCCAAAAUGUCACACUGGAGGACUACGGACGCUACGAGUGUGAAGUGACCAAUGACAUGGAAGAUGACACAGGAUUUGUCAACCUAGACCUGGAAGGUGGGGAAUGAUUUCAGUUAUUUCCUUUUUUUUUUUUUUUGGAUACUGAUUAUUUAUUAUGGCUGUAACAAUUGUUCUUCCUGUGAUCUACACAAAACUGGACAAGACACAACACUUGAAAUCAACCAAUCAACAAGACAUCAUGCAUCAUCAAAAUAAGAACAAGUAAAAACACAAUAAAAGGAUUUUCAUUGGCAUAAAAGUAAUAGGUCAAAAAUGUAAAAUAUUUAGUUCCUCACACAAAAUGUUAUAUAUUGUCCAAAUUGUCUCCUUUUUUACAAUUGCAUUUCUUAUAAAUUUUUUAAAACUGUAUUUUUGUCAAUUUAUUCCAAUUUACCAAAGCCCUGUACAUCACAGUCCUCUUUAAAGCGCUGUAUUUAGGCAGAAGUAAUGUGAAGCGCCCCACAGAGGCAUCUCUGGUGUUAUAAUGAUGUCUGUCACUAUCAGCAAAUAUUAAGGUUUUCUCUGUCCAGAGACAUAAAAUUCUUGUAUACUGAACUAGGCUACAUGCAAGUCUCUCAUCCACCCUCAUCUUUGACAACCUUGAAUGUAUCCCGUCCACACUCUCCCUUAUCCAGCAGCUAGACAUGCUGCUCUGUUUUCAGUGAGUUGGAUCUUGUUUAGCUCUUGUUUUGAAUGGCUGGUCCAGAUGGCUGUAUAGUAAUUGAGGUGUGAUAAACCUAAAGAUUGUAUGAUAUACUUUAAAAAAAAAAAGCAAAAAAUGAGGGCAACAUCCCUGCUAAUUUUUGCAACUACAUUACUCAUAUGAGUUGACCAUGACAUGUUUCCACCAAUAGUCACACCAAACAGUUUGGUCUGGUCAACCUGUUCAAUGACUAACCCUUGCAAGGAGAUGCAGAGCUGCUGAUCUGUCUUUAGAGCAUGUUUGGAAACACAUAUUAUAGUUUAUGUUUUUGGAAUGUUCAAUUUGAGCCUAUUCUCUGAAACCCAUCUAGAAACCAACUUUAGCUCUUCUUGGAGCAUCUUAUUGAAAUCUUUUAAAUUGUGCAAUCAUCUGCAUACAUACUGUAGCAAUGCCUGAGGAUUAAUCAUUUGUAAAUACAGCAUAUAAGCAAAGUCCAAGACAACUGUCAUGAGGAAUUCCACACUACAGGGACCCAAUAGUUGACAAGGUACGACUAACCAUAGGACCUUGUUGUAUGUUGGAUGAGUAACCUGUCAUCCAGUUAAUAUCUAAAGGUUUGGGUGCAUAAGCAGAUAGUUUUAUGAGUUGUAGGUCAUGGUCUCUGAGAUCAAAAUCUUCACUAAAAUUUAGCAGUACAGUACCAGCCAAUGACUUAUUUACAGUCAAUAUGUUUUAACUAAUCAUCUCUUUACUGUAUUCAAUUUGUGCAUAUCGAGUGACUCUUUUUAGAGAAAUGCUGACAAUGCUGAGAUUUUAGGGACACUCUGAUAUCCAAACAAAGAAUUUUACAUUCCACACUCAAUAAUUGCUCUGUUUCUGUUCUUUAUAGGGGUGGUGUUUCCAUACUACCCCCGUGAGGGGCGCUACAAGCUUAACUACCACCAGGCCGAGGACGCCUGCAAAAGGCAGGAUGCCAUUCUGGCUUCUCACUCUCAACUCCACAAGGCAAGUUCAUGACUUUUCUGAGACUAAAAUAAGGCAGAUUAAAAUACACAAGUGACACUAAGGAAUCUUUGGAAGCAUCUUGAUCACACUUUCAUUUCCUCAGAUUAUACUUUUUAUACAGAAAACAAAUCUCUUUCCAUGAACAGUAGAUCAGGUGCAGACAAAACUCUUUUUGAUAUUGUCAGAAAUCCGAUAUUCUCCACCACAACCAGGUCUUUGCAACAGUAUUGAGAAAAAAUGUUCCUUUAAAUGGGCAGAAAAGUUGAGCAGGACUACACUCUUUGGAAGACAGCUAUCUGCUUUGAUGGACUCAGAAAGUUUGGUUAUAAAAAGAAAGUACAGAAAGUCUGAGACAGACAGAAACUGAUAAUACACUCCCACGACUGCAGCCAGAAAUAUGAGUACCUUCUGCAGUACUUAAAUUUACAGGCCACUUUAUCACAAUAAACUGUCUAUAGUCUUAAACUGUUUUAGAGCAGCAAUAAGACCAAAAUUAUAAUAUGCAUAUAAUCAGAGCUGAAAUUCUACUGCAGGCCCGUCCCUCUAUUUUAAAAAGCCUCAUAUAUUAAAGCCCAGAGUUAAUGGGGUUAUGUCAGAAGAGAUAAACUAAAUUCCUCUCCUCCUAUUAAUGUGUUCAAUCCCUUAGUUUGCCUCGCUCAUCUCCAUUAUCUCCUCCUCCACAGGCCUGGCUUGAAGGACUAGACUGGUGUAAUGCUGGAUGGCUGGAGGACGGCUCGGUCCAGUACCCUAUUGCUCACCCCAGAGAACAGUGCGGACGCAAGGACACGCCUGCCGGGGUUCGCAACUAUGGCUACCGGCACUUGGAGGAUGAGCACUAUGAUGCUUUCUGCUUCACUUCCAAACUCAACGGUGAGAGAGACAGAUAAACAGAGAGACAGAAUGACGUAGAGGGCAAGAAAUGUCAGCCGGCAGCCAUUGCGGUGUGCACAUGUAUGACUGUAUGUGAAGAUCAGAAAAACUUUGAAGCUGCAGACACAGCUCACAUCUGAGCAAGUAUCCAGUAUCUGUGGCUCAUGACUGGAAAAAAGGGAUUGUUGUACUUGUGUCAAGUAAGAGGGUAUAUCAGAAACGCUUUGCUUGGGUAUUUUAGGAUUUUGUCUCUGAUGUCUGUUUGUGAUCUUACAUGCCUGUGGCCAUUGGAUUUAGAUCAUGUCUAUGCUGCCCUGUUAGAGCCACACACUCCCUUGUGAAGCAUUGCCUUUCAUAUCCAAAGGCUUUGAUUCAUAUCGUAUUUCCACAGAGAGUUUGGCUCACCCACAGGUUCACAGGCCCACAUAAAGUUUUGAAAGUUAAGAGCCAAAUAAGUUUUUUGCAUCAUCAACAUCCUGGGGGAACAAAAAAUGGCUGUAUGAGGAGGAAAAUAUGUGAUAAAAGUUUUCUACUUCCCUUCUUGAUUCUUGAAAGAUACCAGCUGUGUUUAAAUAAUCACUUCUCAAGUUAUUAAUUGCUUGCUUUAUCUAUAUUAACACUUUAGCACUUUGUUAAUUAUUAGAAGAGAAGAUUAAUAACCAAAGUCAUGUUUGCGUUCAUUAUCUAAAAAGAAUAUAAACAGGAUGUCAGCACUCAGACAGCAAGGUGGAUUUUAAACACAAACAACCGAGUCAUUUGGCAGCAACUGCUCUAUUUGUCUACGUGCUAAAGACAGAUACGUCAGUUUGAAUGUGUCUUACUUUGUGAGUUACAAAGGUGCAUCAAAGCAAACAGUUCCCUUUAAACAAAAAACAUACCAACUAGCCACAUAUCUGGCUACAUAUUUUCCUACUCAACUUCCAGAGAUACGAACACUUUUGUAACGCAUGUCAUGCUAGUUAGCCAAAAAUUCAUUAGCCCCUCUCUCACUAAUUAGAUGGCUUUGAACAAAAAUAUUUGAGCUCUGACAGUUUUUCCUGAAGACCAAUCACUUCACCAAAUUUCAUCAAAAUCUGUGACAUGAGUGGAGAUUCUUGGUUGAAUUGACAUGGAAUGACCCUGUAGUGAUAAUGCUUACGCUUCGUUUGAAGGUGGAGUGGGCAGGAUCUGAGAAAGUGCCAGUUUUUGGCAGAAAUCUUGAACGUAAACACUAACUCUCCCAACCAGUUUUCCCCUCAGCUCCUCCUCUUCCCUUUCUGCUCCAGCAAGCCCCGCCCACAAACAGAUGCUUGUGCUUGCUCGUAUCGAUCCAAUUAAAUUCAGAUAUAACAGAUAAAUACUUCAGAUAAUUACAAAUAGUACGCCAACUUUGAUUGGGCUCGUGCGCAUUAGUCGAGGACUUGGAGUGUGCCUCACAACAUGAGGGAGCAGCGUCUGCCUCACAACCAAUCAGGUCGGGGGAGGUGGAGAAUGACUUUGUUUACAGUCAGAAAGAGCGGGCCACUCACUAUACAGAUAUAACAAAACACAGCGAUAUCGUGAUAUUCCCAAAUGUCAUCAAUAACUAAUAGCUAUUGACUGAUAUUAAAAGCUUUUUUGUAUAAACACCACACAAAAGGAUGUUUCUUUAACGGAUUCCUGCCUACCCCACCUUUAAGAACUAACCCUUGACAAAUCUUGUUUUAAAGUCAUGCCUUUAAGCUAGCAUUUGCCUCUUCAAAGUUUCAAAAAGAAUUCAAAAUUUCAGGUGCUUUAUCCCCCCUUCAAUAAAUAAAUAAACAAACAAAAAACACUUGGUCUAUAUUUUAAACAUUAACAGUUUUGGGAUAGCCCGAACUGCAAAACAGUGCUUUGCCUCAGUUGGUAAAAAGUUGCAUGAUAGAACUGAUUGCCCAUGGCUUCCCCUGUGUGUUAAUUAUUGUGGGCAGUCUGUUGUGGGCAGGAGGUUUCAGCUGUGGUCGUGACCGAUACAGUUUCUCAGUCCAGCUGGAAGGCAUUGAGUGUCCUCUGGGGAACUAUGAGACAAUAUUCUGCCUUUCUAAUAGCCAGCAGUCACAUAAACGAGCAUAAAAUCAAUGAGUGUGCCAAGUGAAAAGCUGAGGCUGCUGACUUGAAUUUCAUGAGACAAAAAACCACUGACCUCAUUAUUCUUGGUGGGUUUUUUUGUUCACUUUUGCGUCUUUCUCAUGAAAACCUUCUUUGUGAUUCAGUUCAGUUGAAACUAUUCAACCAAUUGUGGUAGCAAUAUCUCUCAUAAUGCCAAGUGAAAUAACUCCAGAGACUUGAGAUGAAAGCAAGUGUUUGAAAUCCAUUUCAAGUGCUGUUCACUGACUGCGAACAUAGCCUUUAGAUCUUGAGCACUUGCCAAGACUGUUGUUUGAAUGCUAUAUUUUCUGAAAACAAUCUAAACAGAGAUGCCCAGAAAACGAGGAAUAUAUACCUCCAGGGCUUGUCUUGUCUCUAGGGCUUCAAUCUCUCUUCCAUUUCUCUCUAUUCCCUCUUUCUCUGCCUGCACAACAAAUUUGAUCUUUCUCCUUCACCUUUUUAAAUGUUCUCACUACAGAUUUCCUCUCCUCUACUCUUACCUUUGCAUCCUCAUAGGUAAGGUGUACUUCCUGAAACGCUUUAAGAAGGUGAACUACGCUGAGGCAGUGAAGGCCUGUGUUCGAGACGGCUCAGUGGUGGCAAAAGUGGGCCAGCUGUAUGCUGCAUGGAAGUUUCAGCUUCUGGACCGCUGUGAGGCCGGCUGGCUCGAAGACGGCAGCAUCCGUUAUCCCAUCGUCAACCCCCGCUCUCGCUGUGGAGGGGCACAGCCAGGUGUGCGACACCUGGGCUUUGCUGAUAAAAAAUUUCGCCUGUAUGGGGUCUACUGUUUCCGGAAGAGCAAAGAUGAAUCAGCAGAUGGUGCUGGAAAGACAAAAUCCCGUACCGAUAGUUUGGCAAGCGCAAAGAGCAGUAACAGAAACCCAAUUAAUGCUACAAGGGUGAUUUAAAAUGGAAAGACUCAGAGCAAUUUUAGAUUUGACUGCAGCAGCUGUCGCCUAACAGCCAGUCUCCAUUCAUCACUUUUAGGAAAAAAGCUCACAGACAAUAUGUUCUCAUUUGCCAGGGAGAAGAAGAAGAAGGGCUGUGUAAAAUUAAGGGUGACAUCUUUAUUAGGCAGAUUUUCCUAUCGUCUCCAGUCAAUCGAUCAUCUUGAGAAGUAAGUAUGUUAAGCACAUCUGCCGCUGGAAAACAGCAAGAUUAAUCAGAAGCUUCAUCUUCACUCAUUCACACAUCAGAUCAGAGAGUCUGUCAUGAACUUUCUUGUUUACAUGUUUGUGGAUCAUCUUUUUUGGCUCCAGUCUGAGCCACAGUCCCUUUUCCAGGGUGAGAACAUUCAUUAGAGGGUGGGACAGGGUGGACAGCCUGAUUGUAUGGAGAAAUUCCAACACGCCUUGUAAGUUUUGAUUGUACCCAGUUAAAUUUCAUGUAUUUGGGAGCCAUGCUUGGUUGGCAACCCUUUGGCACAAUACGAGUCAUUUUCCCAUUAUUGAAGACUUUGCAGUUUCAUCAGAGCUUAACAGGCCAUGAAGUACUUAUUGCACUGGCACCUCAGUAUUGAUACUUUAAUCAAGCUUUAUUUGACGAUAGAAUCUUAGCUUAGUGUAAAACAAGCAUGCACUGCUCGGCUAAGAAUAGCUGCUAGGCUGAAAAAGGAGAUAAACAAAGCAACAAUAAAUACUAUUUACCCGAAUUUCUGCACCUUGAGCUAUCUGGGUCAUCAAUUGCACUAUAUGUUGAUUGUUACAUGCAGCAACCUUUAACACAGAGAGUGUUUGCCAUGAAAAUGGAGAAAGGGUGAAUAAAUAAAACCUUCAAAUUGUUGUUGUGUGUGGG